AUGGAGCUUAAGAUCAAUCAGUCACUCCUCAUCUUCUCAUUUUUUUCUCUCAUCUUCUUGCUCAACCAUGCGGAAUCCGUCUGCGUUCCUCGCCAUGCCUCAAAACAGGCGGAUUCUCCAGACCAAGUUCCAGAGGUCUCUCCACAGCCGCAGCCGGUGCCGUCUUCGCCGCCGACCAAGUCAGCGUCAUCUCCGCCACCCAAGUCUUCGUCGCCGUCAUCGUCAUCAUCAUCGUCAUCGUCGUCACAGCCACCACCACCGUCAGAUCCCCCCUCCGAUUCUCCGGACGGGACGAUGUUGUUCGACACUGGUUUGAUGGGGAGAGGACCCGGAUUCGUCUCCAACACAUUCAAACCCUUUCUGGACAGCAAGACGGACCCUUCGGAUGGAGCCCUCAACCACAUAUGCAAGAAGACCGAUUACUCCGAUCUCUGCCUCUCCUCGCUAGCUCCUUUAUUCGAUGGACACAGCGACCCCGUUUCCAUGCUUUAUGUUGCGAUAAAGGCUUGCACCCAACACGCCCAGUUGUCGCUGAACACGGCCCAGAAGAUUGCGGAAGCGCCCUCCACUAACCCCACCACGGCCUCUAACCUCAGCGACUGCCAGGAUAGUUACAGUGACGCUUUGGAUAAUCUGCAAGCAGCAAAUGAUGCCCUGGGCAUUCGUGACUUUGGGGCAGUUAAUAGCAUGCUGAGCGCAGUGGUGACUGAUGCUUCGGAUUGCCAGGAUCUCUUUCCGGGAAAGAGUUCUCCGAUGCUCCACUACGAAGUCAAGCUUCGACAGAUGGCUAGCAAUUGCCUGGCCAUUGCUUCAUUGGCCACUUGA